UCGACGUAAUUUUCUGAACUGGGUCAUUAAGUCCAUCUUUAUCAGAAAUGGCUUCGCCCAGUGAAACUAUCGCUCAAUGGAGAACGACAAUAAUAAUUAGCUCAUCCCUCCAGAACCAUGACAGCUGCAGGACGCUCAGCGCACAGCAGCACAGAAUAAGGUUUUCUGACAGCGUGGAAACUGGGGCCUUCAUUUUCCCUCUUUCAGGUACCGCCUUCCUGCUGGUUGAUCCUCAGGACCUCCCAGAGCCUCUGGAGGAAUCAGGAUUAACUGAACGCAUUGAAAAAUUUGUGCAGGUCCACAGGAACUGCUUUCUACUUCUCUAUUCUCCCUUUAAUGGGGAAAAAGAACUGCAGGUUUUGACUGUGAUUCAGCACAGGUAUGUAGUGCCACUGCUUUCCAUCUCUUCAUACACGGUUAGGUGGCUGUGCGCUGUGUUUUACAGAUUUUAAACCAUUCUUCCUCACUUAUGUUC